UUGUUAAUUUUUUUUUAAAAAAAAAAAAAAUUAUAAAAAAUCUAUAAAAAUUAUAAACAAAUAAAAAAAGUGUAUUAUUUGCGGAGUAUAUUUUUAAAGGGUAGGAAAUUUGUUUUGAAUUCUACUUAUUUAUUUGUCCUUGAAAAUGCCGGUUCUAGCCGUAGUGAACUCGGAUUCCGUCCCCAAGCAGCCUGAGCCUCAAAACUUUCACCAGUCUUCGUCUACCAGCCCCCCCUUUUCUCCAGCCUUCAAUCCUAUGUCUUUGUACGUUGGUGAUUUACACCCUAGCGUUACAGAAGUCAUGUUGUUUGAAUUAUUCAACAAUGUCAGCAAUGUUUGUUCUUUAAGAAUCUGUAGAGAUAUUGAAACUCGAAGAUCACUUGGUUAUGCCUACGUUAAUUUUUUUAGCACUAUGGAUGCUUUGCGUGCUUUGGAAACUUUGAAUCACACUAACGUUAAAGGGAGACUGAUUCGUGUCAUGUGGUCACAAAGAGACCCUUCCCUUCGUAAAAGUGGCGUUGGAAAUGUUUAUAUAAAAAAUUUAGAAAAAGAUAUCGAUAAUAAGUGUCUGUACGACACUUUUAGUGUUUUUGGGAAAAUACUAUCCUGUAAAGUUUGCCCAAAUGGGGACUCUAGUUAUGGGUUUAUUCAUUUUGAAAACGAAGAUUCUGCUAAAGCUGCAAUUGAAAGAGUUAAUGGAAAACUUUUAAACGGCUUGAAAGUUUAUGUUGGACCUUUUAUACCUCGGAAACAACGUGAACAUAAGCUUCAAGUAAGCGUUUUACCUUUUACUAAUAUUUAUGUUAAAAAUAUCCCCGAAAAAUGGGAUGUUGCCGAGUUAAACUCUUUUUUUUUGUCCUACGGAGAAAUAACGAGUUGCGUUGUUGCUAAAGAUUCUAAAGGUGUUUCAAGGUGCUUUGGAUUUGUGAACUUUUUAAGCCCUAAUGUCGCACGCACCGUCAUUGAGGAGUGCAAUGGCGUCGAGGUGGAAGGGAAGAUUUUGUAUGUCGGCCGUGCACAGAAGCGUCAAGAGCGCCUGCGAGAGCUUCAGCAGAAAUAUCUUAUCGUUAAGAAAGAGCUGACCGCCAAGACGCAAGGCCAUAACUUAUACGUUAAGAAUUUGGCAGAAACUGUGGAUUCGGCUAAGUUAAAGGAAGUAUUUGCGCCUUAUGGAACCAUCACAAGCGCACAUGUCAUGUACAACGAGAAAAAUACCCACCGGGGAUUUGGUUUUGUGUGCUUUGCCUCCGCUGAGGAAGCGUCUAAGGCUCUUGCCGCAGUAAAUAAUACGGUGCUAGAUGGAAAGUCUCUUUACGUUGCCUUUGCUCAGACUAAAGAGCAGCGGAAAGAGCUGCUUGCUGGUCAAUUUGUCGCUCGCCUUAAUACUUCCCGCAUCUAUCAACCUCCGUAUUACUAUUUAAAUGGCAUAAGUCACCCACGUGGUAACUUUAUGUACCCCGGCGCGUAUCCGCCUCGGCGUUUUAUUCCUCCGCCAAUGGCAAGCUAUUAUAUGCCUCCUGUUAACUCCCUUCCGAGAGCUCCUUAUGCUAAUCGGAAUGGCAGGGUGGUGUUACCAGGGAUGGACGUUGGUCAUAUCAAUUCCUCAUCUUCAGGACAGCCGCCACUUCAGCCGAUUAAUACUGAAUUAAAUGCGUCCGAACUUGCUAAGGCUUCGGAAGCAGAACAACGCUUUAUUAUUGGAAACAAGCUUUAUCAUAGAAUCACAUCUAUUAAUUCAGAGUUGGCCCCCAAAGUAACAGGCAUGUUGCUAGAGAUGGAUAUUUCCGAGUUGUUGCAUUUACUGGAAUCUCCUGAGGCGCUACUGCAAAAAGUUAAAGAGGCUGUGGAUGUUAUUGAGGAGCACGCUAGAAGAAACCCAGCUUAGGGCUUGUAAAUAAGUUGGUUUUGAAAAUAAAGGUUUCUACCCUUUUA